AUGGAGAUCGACAAAUGGGAGAACCGUUCGUGUGGCGCUGGCGACGGGUCGGAAGGCGAGGAGCGCACCUCGUGGCGCGUCACGCUGGACCACGACCUGGUCGAGACGCUGAGCGCCAUCUACCCUGAGUGGUUCAAGCAGCCGCGCCGCGAUCGCAGCCCUGUCGCUACGCCCUCGCCGCUGCUCGCCUCGCCGAAUACGCCGGCAACCUCGCCUGAAGACGAUAUCUUCAGUUCGGGCGCGGAGGACAUGGCUAGCCGUCAAGCAAGCAGUAGCGGUGCGAGUGAGCCGCCCAGCUCGCCGCCCCGCGUCUCCCCGCCCAAGGUUGUUGUUGACGACAGCCCCCUACAGCCCGCAAUGGGCAAACACAAGGAAUCGUUGAAAGUGAAACUGAUGAUGCGGCGACCGAUCAACCAGCUCGUAGCUCAAGGAAUAAUGCCACCAUUAAAAACACCGCCAGCCUACUUUAAACAAAGCGUGCAGUUGGCGAGAGCGAAGACUGGAGACUUGCUCAAGGCUAAGAUACAGAGUCGCCCGAAUCGGCAGGAACUCGAACGGAGACAUAUACUGGAACAGGAGAGCCAUGUCGAUCCGAGUUUGGCGGAGAAGCAACGGAUGUUGAAGAAGGCUCGCCUAGCGGACCAACUCAAUGAUCAGCUUUCCCACCGACCGGGCCCGCUUGAGCUCAUUAAGAAGAAUAUACUACACACAGAAGAGGAUAUAGAAACGGCCGUCAAAAGUGGCAGUCUAGCCUUUAAAGCGACCUGCGAAGGCGCUUCAGGACGUCCACAACAUCCCUCUUCAUAUUGUGGCCCUCCGGAAGAAAUCUCACCGUCACCAUCCCCGCCUUCCAUUUUAUCCCCUGCGAGUGUCUCCCAAUGUAGUACGCAACAUCCAGCACCAGGAAAAGCAAACAGACGAAAACCCAAAAUCAAAGAAAAGUGCAAAUCUCGCUUCAAGUUCCACGAAUAUAAGGGCCCACCGAACGCCCAAAAAUUAUCAUCACCUCCUGGAUCAGAUGAGACACCGUACGAGCUGCUACUGCAACAACAGCAAUUGCUCCUACAGCUGAUGUUGCCGGCGUCUCCAGCGCCAUCUUCCACUUCAAUAACAUCAGAUUCGUCAGAUAUUCUUCCACCCCCGCCACCUCCGUUACCAGUAUCCAGUUGUUUUGCCAAUUCACGCUUUGAAGAAAUGAAAGUGUCCGACUUAAGGGCGGAGUGCAAACGCCGGAACUUACGAGUAUCCGGUCCCAAGCCGCAACUGAUAGACCGCCUCCGACCUUACUUAAUGGAAAUGCUGGAAGAUUCUCCAACAUCUCCCGUAUCUAUCGCUUCUCCGGAGUCUAAGCAUGACCCGGAGUCGGAAGACAUUGUCCAGUCUCAGAGGCGAUUGAUAGAGGAGUUAGAACGACAGCUGGAGGAGUCGCGGCAGCAAUUGGAAGCCGUGCGAAGAGAAGCGGCCGGGGCCAGUGAUCAAAGUCGAAGAUUAUUGCAGGCGCAUCUGUGUGUGACUCAAUUGAGAGCCAAGUUAGACGCACUCCAACAGCCGUCGGCCCCCACUCCACCCCAACGCUACGUAAUAGCCACCCCCGAUACGGCUCCGGAUCGCUUGGUCCGUCUUUUCACUGUGACACCUCCAUCAACUGAAGUGACAAGUGACAGUCAACCUAAAACAAACCCCGCGUACAUUCUGAACGGUGUUAAAGUUGUCCCUAUAGCGAUUUUGCCGACGCACUUCGAGCCGGAACAGGCUCCGCCUCCGCCACCACCGCCACCUCCGCCCCCUCCCCCCUAUGCCCCAAACCCCAAUGUCCACUAUCCACGAUAG